AUGCCAUCUUUGGCAAUAGGUCUACGAAACGAUCCUACACCGUCAACAAGUACCGCAGCACCACCUCCAGAAAGACGUAACCCAACAACUCCCAAACCAACCACUACACAAAGUCCAGCAACCAAAGAUCCAAAUGCACCACCAUGUCCAGCGGAUUGUCCACACCCCCUGUUUGUCCCUGACAGGGAUUGCUGCAAAUAUUGGCAAUGCAACUGCGGAUCAGGUACCCUAUUGAGUUGUCCACCCGGUCUGAACUGGAACCCAGUUUUGGAUACUUGUGAUUGGCCAGCAUCGGCCGGUUGUACUGCUCAAGGCUGGUGCGAGGAAGAUUUGAAAUGCCCGGAAGAUUCUUCUUCUUCAUCAGAUGAAGAUAAUUCAUCAGGUAAUGAUGAUUCAUCUGGAGAGAAUUCAUCAGAUGGGGAUAAAUCAUCACAAGAGAAUUCAUCAGACGGGGAUAAAUCAUCACAAGAGGGAGAUUCAUCAGAUGGGCAUGAUUCAUCAGCUGAAGAUAAUUGA